CAGUCCUUAUCUUCCACUCCGCUGUGAGAGACGUCUCCCCUUUAAAAUUUCGCACAAAAACAGUGAUCAAACCACGUAACGACUGAAAUAUUCGCGCUAAACGAUGCCUCGGCCGACACGUGAAUCUUACGGUGAUCAAAAACCACCUUUUUCAUAUAUAGCCCUGACCGCGAUGGCGAUCUGGAGUUCCCCGGAGCGUAUGCUGCCGCUGUCGGAGAUCUACCGGUUCAUCACGGAUAGGUUCCCGUACUACCGGCGCAACACACAGCGCUGGCAGAACUCGCUGCGACACAACCUGUCCUUCAACGACUGCUUCGUGAAGGUGCCGCGCCGCCCCGACCGGCCCGGCAAGGGCGCGUACUGGACCCUGCAUCCCCAGGCGUUUGACAUGUUCGAAAAUGGCUCCUUGCUUCGUCGGCGGAAACGUUUUAAGCUCCACAAAGGUGAAAAAGACAGCCUAAAUGCAGAAUUGGCAGCGCUCGCGAGCUUCAACAGAGCUUUCUUGGCGCGACAAGCAAGCGCUCCUCCAACACCAACGAAUGCUUCUAGUGGUGGUCUGUAUCCAUCAGCGUCGACAUACAUGUCACGGUUGAGCCCAGAAUCAACAGAAGCACCGGAUACAGCAGCCUUAUUACCUGUGGCACCUCGACCGAGAAGGGCGUUCACUAUAGACGCGUUAUUAGAGCCCGAUCCUCGUCGCUCGUCGCCAUCUCCGCCUCUGCAGCUACCGCCACUACAGCCUCACUGCCCCCUGCCCCUGCCGGCCCCGUACCUGCUCGCCGCGCAGAGAUACCACGCAGAACUACUAGCGGGAUUACAGCAAUCUUGUCUACCACCUCUCUGGACAUGGCGGGAAUCAAAUCAAUUUUCACAUUACACACUAAACUCAUGAAUGGAGCCAGUGUGUAUAUUAAGAAGAUCUCAAGUAACUAAUUAUAAGGACCACAUAUGGACAGUUCGCUACGUAAAUAGUAUUAGAUGUUAGAAAUGUGACGUCGAACAUUAGAGCCACGGGAUCUUAGUUGUUUAAAGGUGAGUGAAUCGAAUGAAAACAAAAUUUAUCAAAAUAUUUAUUUGCAUUCUUAUUAAAUUGUUUUUUUUUUAUGUAGAAAGUCUAUGUAUUUUAAAAUCGUUCCUAUGAUUAAUUUUUGUUUUAUUUAAUUACUAGCUUGUUAUAACGAUGUACAUAAAUUUAAUAAAGUGUCUAGAAUAUGUGCUAUAAAUUAUUAUACUAGAAAAAAGAGAGAUUGAGAGUGUAAAAGAGUAAACGUAUAUUUCUUAAUGAUAGUUCUUCUAUAUCCAGCAAAUUUUCUACUUAUGAGUUUUUGGGGAAGUUUUGCAAUUCCUAAAAGCUAUAUUCAGUCAGUAAAGUCUUAUGGAGAUUCGGCGAAACUACAACAAUGGCACUAGCAUAACACUGUUUCCCUGAUACCCGAACUGGCAUGUGGUUUUUUUUCUCGCGGGGUCUCGACCUUUAGAAUAUAAUUUUAAGUCAAUUAUAAAGACAAAGUCCAUAUCAAUUUGAAAUGUUUAUGUAGAGUCAUGGAGACGCUGUAAAGUAUCAUCGAUCGAUGUGUUUUCGAGUAUUCUUUUGGCAUACUCUAGUAAAAACGCUGUGAGCAGAAAAUUUAAUAUUGAUUUGAUGAUCGAUGAAUCUUUUAAGUUAUAAAGUAACAGAAGUUGUACACAUCUACAAAAAACACAAUUCUCGUAGACAAACGUUAAUGCCACUAUCAGAGUUUUAAGACAAGCAAGUCGACUACGCUCACUAGUUAUUUUCUUACAAAUUUUACGUCAUAAUUAAAAGUUUAAUUCUGUAAUUAUCAACAUUUUGGAAAUUGUAGUUUUCGUGGUAACCGAUUUGUAAGUCGAUAUUUCUGUAUUAUUCAAACUAACUAACUAACUAACUAAUGACGAUUUUGUUUUUUUUUUUAAAUAUUAAUCUACACUUACAUAUAUUUAUUAAAAAUAACAAAUAUGAGAUUGACCGAGAAAUUACUUUUAAUUAUAUCUCCGGCUCGAGAAAAUCAGGAAAAUAAUUAUUAAUGAAUUUCAAUAAAUGUUAAUCUAUUUCAAUAUAAACCCAUAAAGUCUGUCACACAUUUCCUCACUGUAGAAAACGCUUUGUUUCAGGAAACGGGUGACAUUUUUGGGGCAAAACUCAUUCGUCUAAGUUAUUUGAAUGACUGUUUAGGGCACCAAUAUAGUGACAGGAGAGGCGGCAGCGGGCUCCAGAAUUAAAAUUAUAAAAAUUCAAUUAUUUAUAUUCAAAAAUUAAAUUUAAAUUUAAAACAACAAUAACGUAAUAUAUAAUAUGAUUGUCCGAAGCUCGUCGAGAAAAACUUCUGUUGCGAAUAUUUAUUAAAUUAACUUUUGAAUAAUAAUAAAACAAGGAGUCAUUGUUACUGGAGUUAUGUAAUAAAAGAGCACUUCAGUAUUAAAAUUCGAAAAUAAUAAUCGAAAAUACAUUUUAACGAUUCAUCAGAUGCAUUCAUCAAGAACUUAAUAAUCGUGGCCACUGAUUAUUCCUCCGAACCAGGAACUAUGUGUUGGCAAUCUCAGCUUCUUACAGCAGGCGGGUUCGCUCUUUGACUUUUUUUAAAUUUUUUUUUAUUGCUUAGGUUGAUGGACGAGCUCACAGCCCACCUGGUAUUAAGUGGUUACUGGAGCCCAUAGACAUCUACAACGUAAAUGCGCCAUCCACCUUGAGUACGUAUUUCAUUAGAAAAAUUGGUACCCGCCUGCGGGAUUCGAACACCGGUGCAUCGCUACAUACGAAUGCACCGGACGUCUUAUCCUUUAGGCCACGACGAUUAUAACUGACUCUUGACUAAGUUUCCGCGAAGUGAUCAUGCCUCUUACAAGUUUAAGUAUUAUUUCACAUACUUACGGACUUAUUGAUAAAUAUUUAUUAAAUUAAACUACCCGCUGUCGCUUCAGUAGUCAAUGUAGGCGCUUACAUAAAUGAAUGUUCGCUAUAUUGUAGACUUUAUUUGUUGAACUGUGAUAUCUUAGUGUAAGCAUUAAAUUCGUGUUUGUAAAUAUGUAAAAUUAAAUAAAUUAUUUCAUUUAGAUAAAUUAUAAAACUAGUAACUUAUUAAAUGUAUGUUCGUAGAAAAAGAAAAAUAUAGUAAAUUACGUUGACCGUU